AUGAUAGACCCGUUUGCCGACGUGGACGAUCAAAUCGCUACGGAUGAGAUUGCGGAGGAGAAGAAGAAGGUGUCUCAAGUGCACAACUACGUGCACAUCCGCAUCCAGCAGCGCAACGGUCGUAAGACGCUGACCACUUUACAGGGUCUUCCUAAGGAGUAUGACCCCAAAAAGUUGCUGAAGGCGUUCAAGAAGGAGUUCGCCUGCAACGGUACGCUCGUGGACGACGAGGAGCUCGGCCAGGUUAUCCAGCUCCAGGGCGACCAGCGUCAGAAGAUCUCCAUGUUCCUGUAUGUAUACGUCGUGGAGCCACUAAUGGGCAGCAUCGAAGAGGGCAUCCCCAAGCAGGAUGUCAAGGUGCAUGGAUUCUAA